AUGUGCCGUACCAGAUUCCAAUCAAAGUACAGAUUGCACGAUGAAGAUGCAGAACGGGCAAGGCGCUAUAGAGAGAAGGUUAAAGAAAACCCAGAAAAACAUCAAGUAUAUUUAAGGAAGGGUAGGGAGAGGGCUAAGAAAUCGAGAAAACCUAUUGCUGAGCUCUCAACAAGGAAACAACGCUUUCGGAGAAAAAGAUGGAGAUUGGACCAAUUGAAAUGUCGAGAAAACAAGAAAAUCCAUCGUGGACAAUUUGAAUUCCUUGAAGAAAUCACGCCGCCAGGCACCCCGGAUCCAAUUGAUGUUAAUGAGAAAUUGAAAGGGGCAAGAAAUCCAUAUAAAAGUAGGCUAUUGGAAGAACAGUUAAAGAAGUCAAAAAAAGCAGUUGAAAAAUACAGAAAACGUUAUCACAGAUACAAGAAUUUGGAUACGAAGAACAAAAAAAGUGCAAAGCAGAAUACAGAUCCACCAAACCCCUUCACCAAAGCCAUGAACGAUACGCAAGGAUAUGAAGUUCCAGAUACUGUUGUAAAGACUUUGAGUUCCCAUCUACUCACGUUUUGCAGACACAGGCCUUGCUGGGUAGUACGACAAAAGUUGUCAGAUAGAGACUCUUGUCUGUGCAAAAAACACUCAAAUAUGCAGUACAAACUCGACACGCUAUUUAGAGAACAACUUUGUAUAGAAAAAGAUAUUGAAAAAUUAUGCAUUUUUGUUACAUGUGACACCAAAUCAAAUGAAUGCAUGAAUAAUAUUUGCUUAAAGUGCAGAGAUAAACCUGUCGUUGAAAAUAUAGAGUUUGCAAAAAAAAUAUUGGAAUGGAAAUUUUGGAAAUUAGAAAAAGAAGAGAAAUUCAAAGCUGGAAAGACUUUUACCAUAAGCAAAACCAAACUUGUAAAUGAAAAAGGAAAGUUGAUGGAACUUUGUCUAAAUUUUAAUAAAGAAUUUAGAACAGUGUUUUGUUCACACGUUUACAAGAAGAAUCACCAAACCCAACAAAGACAAAAAUGCAUUUCUGAGUUGGCAUUUGACGAAGCGCAAGCAGAAAAUUAUAUCUGCAAAAUGGCAUCAGAAAUACAAGCAAUGCACUUUGGGUCCUCUCAUAAUCAAGCCAGUCUUCAAACCGUUGUUUUUUACUAUGAAAAUCAACCAUCAGAAAGCAUAUGCACCAUAUCUUGUACACGACACGAUCCAGCUGCUAUUUGGGCAUAUGCUUUCAAUUUUACAAAACUUUAA